AUUGUUUCUAACGUGUCGACACACUCACUUGCUUCAGCCUCCAAGUGGUUUGCGUGUAAAGUCAAUGUUCCGUUAUGCGCUGAGGCGAGCAUCAGCCCAGCGCUUGGGGAAGUUCAAAACUGCUUUGGCUUCUCUUCAAAGCCGGCAGUGGCCCUCUUUCUACCGUCGCGUCCACGAAAGUGUGUGCAGUGGUCUUCCCAGCAUCCAUGAUCCCAUCCUCCCGAAAAACGACACAAUCUAUGCCCUAUCGUCUGGCUCGGGUAGGGCAGGUAUUGCCGUGAUUCGCAUCUCUGGGCCUGGUUGUCUUGAUGUUUACAGAGGCUUGUGUCCAUCCAAGGCUCCACCCAAGCCCAGGUAUGCCGCGGUGAGAACACUGCUCGAGCCGGGGUCGGCCGACGCAUCUGGGGCAAAUAUCGUGGACUCGGAUGCCCUCGUACUCUACUUCCCCAGUCCCAAAACAGUGACUGGUGAAGAUGUGCUUGAGCUUCACGUCCAUGGAGGCCCUGCGACUGUGAAGGCCGUCCUCUCCGCGGUCCGGAAAUGCUCCUCGGCAGGAACCGUACGCUACGCUGAGCCGGGCGAGUUCACGCGGCGCGCCUUUCUGAAUGGCCGCCUGGAUCUCGCCCAGGUCGAGUCCCUAGGUGACACACUUGCUGCCGAGACUGAGCAUCAACGACGGGCGGCUGUGCGAGGCAACUCGGGCGUUCUCGGAAAGACAUACGACAGUUGGCGCGAGCAGCUGUUGCUCGCCCGCGGAGAAAUUGAGGCGCUCAUCGACUUCUCAGAGGACCAGCACUUCGAUGAGUCGCCCGCCGAGCUCCUCACAAACGUCACCAGGCUGGUUGGCGACAUCCUGCAUUCCAUCCAGCUUCACAAACUUGGUAGUCAACGAAGCGAGAUGCUUCGGAAUGGAAUCCGGAUUGCACUCCUCGGCCCCCCAAACGCCGGGAAAAGCUCGUUAAUGAACCAGAUCGUUGGCCGCGAGGCAUCGAUCGUUUCAGCCGAAGCGGGAACCACCAGAGACGUUGUUGAGGCAAGUCUUGAUAUUCGCGGGUACCUCUGUUCGUUCGCAGAUACCGCUGGAAUUCGGACGAAGUCGUCGGGAUCUAUUAGUCAUUCCGACCAUCCUACAGCUUCUACCAUCGGUGCCAUCGAAGAGGAGGGCAUCCGGAGAGCGCGACAGAAGGCGUUGGAUUCAGAUGUCAUCAUUGUCUUGGCAUCUGUUGAGAUGGCGGAAUCUGGUGCCUACCGCAUAAGCUACGAUGCGGAGACGCUACAAUUGGCAGCCGGAGCACAGCAAUGUCUUGUUGCGGUGAACAAGACUGACCUGGUGAGCCCAGAGUCACUCGAGCGGCUUAUCCAAGAAUUCAAAGCUUCGGCAUUGGCGGAUAUCGGCGGACUGCGCGAUACGAAACCGCUCGCCAUAUCCUGCAAGGCUGCGGUGUCACCACCUGCUGCAGGGCUGACAGACGCGGGCGGCAUACACGCACUCACCGAGAAACUCGCCGAGUCAUUCUCGCAUCUGACUUCCCUGCCGGAUGAUCUGCAACAUCUUCUUGGUGUGACCGAACGACAGAGUCAACUGCUUGCCGAGUGCGAACGCCACCUCGGAGAUUUCAUGGCUGAGGCCCGAAAAACUGAUCCGUAUGCCGAGCCGGAUGUCGUCCUCGCGGCAGAGCACUUGCGACUUGCCGCUCUUCGAUUGGCCUCCAUCACUGGGCGUGGCGAAUCCGGGGAUGUCGAAGACGUUUUGGGAGUCAUCUUCGAAAAGUUCUGUGUUGGCAAAUGAACGUGUAACAAUAGUUGUACAAGGGAAAUUCGAACCAUCCAACCAUGCCCUCAUCGCGCCGUCUAUCCCGUGUCUAGAAAGUCAUGAUACAGUCGUCUGUCGUCCCUUGAGCCUCGGAGCGUAGUCACACCACCAAGAAGGCUGGCACCCGUCCGUCAAAUGCGUGAUAGUCGUACAAGUCAUCCAAAGUCGUCCUAAUGCGCCGGAAGAAUAUUCAAGAAUCGAUACAGCGAAAGGAAAAAGUAGCACUCGAACUCAAGGAAGCUCUAGUGUUGCUUGUCCUCCUCAUCAUCCUUGUCAUCCCUUUUUUGAGCGUUAGCCUCCAUGUCUUCCGAGAAUGGGAUGCGGAACCAUUACUCACUUGUUGUAGC